AGCAACGAUUUGGGCUCCUUCAAAUUUCAAAGCCAUUCUCUGCCAGUAUCGGUCUCCAUCUGCCUGCACCGAAUUGUCCCCUAUCGCGGAUCUUCCAAAUCGAUCUCCAAUAGUUUGAGUAUUUUUCGUCUUUUGAAUACGGCUGACCGACAUCCAGUUCUAGGAAUCCUAAAGACUGUCGUUUCAGGUCAGCUGGGAGUCAAACGCUUCCGCCUAGGUACGGUGAGUCCUGGUGCCCUAGCAGUGGUGGCCUUCUAUCCCACAGAAGUUACUGAACGUCCCGAUUCUGGACGCUCAUUAAUCCUUUAUUUUAGCCUAAUCUGUGACUGCUUCUACCCGAAUUCGGGCGGAGUGGAAAAUCAUAUUUAUCACCUGGCCCAAUGCCUUUUGUUGCGCGGUCAUCGGGUCAUUAUCGUGACCCACGCCUACGGCGAGGACUGGCAGCGUCAGGGCGUCCGCUACAUGGCGCGUGGUUUAAAGGUUUACUAUAUUCCCUACCGACCCUUCUACAACUUAUCCGUAUUCAUCACCGUCUUCGGUUUGCUUCCUGUCAUACGAGACAUACUGAUCCGUGAGAACGUCGAUGUGGUCCACGGUCAUUCGGCCUUCUCUCCACUGGCGCUGGAGUCGCUGAUGCAUUCUAAGGCUCUUGGUUUGCGUACCAUCUUCACAGACCAUUCUCUCUUCGGCUUCGCCGACCUCUCCUCAGUCCUUGCCAAUAAAGCUCUCUUCCUCUUCCUGAAUGUUGUUGACAAUUUUAUUUGUGUGUCCAAUGUGGCCAAAGAAAAUAGCGUGCUUCGCGGUGGCAUGAAUCCGGAAUGCGUCUUCGUCAUCCCCAAUGCAAUCGACUCGUCUGCGUUUACGCCUGAACCGAGUGCCCGGGAUCCGGAAAACACGGACACGAUGGGCAGACGUGGAGCCUGCCCCAGAGCUGCACGAUGCAUUUGGCUUUAUUGUGUAGGUGGCGACGGUCCAAAACGUCUGGUUCUUGAGGAAAUGCUUGAAAGGCACAAGUUGCAUUCACGGGUUCAACUCCUGGGCUCUCUUCCACACCACAAAGUUCGUGAUGUCCUCGUUAAAGGCGAUAUUUUCCUAAAUACCUCUCUGACCGAGUCCUUCUGCAUUGCAAUCGUGGAAGCCGCAAGUUGCGGCGUCGUCCGUGGACAUGUCCUUAGCUCAGUACUGAGUGUGGAUGUUCCUUUUCACUUUGGAGCUACGAUCUCAAAACGCGAAGUCAUUGAUAGUGUCUUUGAGGCUCGUUUCCUCGAACUUGCCCAUGAAGACAUUCGCGAGGAAUGGUCCAAGUGGCUUCUAGUGGUGAGUACUGCUGUUGGCGGUGUUCCCGAGGUGUUGCCCCCACACAUGCUACGUCUGGCCCCAGUGAGCGCGUCUGGUCUGGCUGGCACGCUGGCAGAUGCGAUAGAAGAGGUGCGUCAACAACGCAUUAUAUGGACCCAGGAGAGCCGCCCUCCCUCUUCUUUGGACAUCUCACCGUCAAUCUCACCAUCGAGCAAAGAUGUGGAUCAGAGUGAAUCGCAAAGCGUUACUACCGUAUCUACUGUCGACUCUGUUCUCGAGCCUGAGAUUGUCGACGCUCCCAGCUGCCAGACCGCAGUAAACGACCCCCUUCAGCAACGUAAUCUCGAGUCAGUAUCAAAACCGUCUUGGCCACCCGUCUCCGCCUCUAAACAAAUUUGGCAGAGGCAUCGAGAAGUGGGAAAAUUAUACACCUGGCAAAAUGUUGCCGAAAGAACUGAAAAGGUCUACCUCACUGCGAUGAGCCAUCCUCGUGGCUCUACCACAACCGGCAUGCUCGCGUACGUUCUAUUUACUGGAAUAAAGUGA